AUGUCCUUGCUACGCCACGCCCUUGUACUCCGGCAGCCCAGCAUCGCUGUGCCACCAGCAUCCGCUUCGCUUCGUUCACUUCGGCUCUACACUCGUUCGCAAUUGGGUGCGCGAUCGUUCUCGAGAACUCCAACAUGGCGCAAGGAGAAGCCUUUUGCCUCGUCACAACACUCGCAUCCUGCUCCCACAAGCACUGAGGCCGACGGCGCGCCUCAGAAACACCUCACGUUCCAGGCACCGGAGCCCAGGCUUUCUAUAAGCUUCACAUGCACGGUGGAGGGGUGCUCUCACCGUUCGACCCAUGAAUUUACGAAGAGGAGCUACACGAAGGGCAUCGUGAUGGUGGAAUGUCCAGGGUGCAAAAAUCGGCAUCUCAUCGCCGACAACUUGGGCUGGUUCAAGGAGAGCACCCAGGACGGGAAGCUCAAAACAGUCGAGGAUCUGAUGCGUGCAAAGGGCGAGAAAGUGAAGAGAGGUGCAAUAGAUGCCGCAGGUGUGGUCGAGUAUGCGCCGGAAUAG